AUGACAGCAGAACUUCGGCGAGAGGCGCCUCUUAGUGUUCAAUUGGACCGCGUUGGGGCUACGUACACUGCAGGUGAGAAAGUCACCGGAUGUGUUGUUGUAAACUAUGCGAUGGCUUCUACCUUUCUCAGUAUUGACUUGACUGUGUUGGGUACAUUAACGAUUGCGUCUACUAUAGAUGGUUGUAGUGACAUGGUAGGAUUUAGUGAAACGUUGAAUCUAAAACCCAUGGUUUUAAUGAAUCUACGUAUUUCACUUCAUUCUAAAGGACAUAUUUUACCUGCUGGGAAAACAGAAUUACCUUUUUUAUUUGAGAUUAAAGCAUCCAAUCCUAAUAUUCCUCUUAUUGAGACGUAUAAUGGUGUUUGUAUCUCGUGUUCCUACACUCUCAUAGCUACGGCUCGUGGUAUUAUAGGAAAAUCAACAAGUGAUCCACUUCAAUUAUUAGUUAUUGUUCCAGGUCAAGGUAUUCCUUCUCCUGACCUACUGAAAGAAGAUAAAGGUACAUAUUUUGAGUUAAAUGAAGAAUCAAUAGAGAAAAAACAUCAUCAUCUUAUUAGUCAAAAGUGUCAUCUAAAUUUCCUUCUUGAGGGAUUUUUUGAACGAUAUUACAACGAUAUUGACAUUCCACUUUCUGGAUGGAUUGUAGUGCGACGAUGUAAUGUUAGAAUUCUUUCUAUUGAACUACAGUUACUGCGGGUAGAACAUGCGGCUACAUCAGAGAAGAUUGCACAUAAAGCUACAGAAGUUCAAAGUAUUCAAGUAGCAGAUGGAGAUGUAUCACGUAAUCUUGAUAUUCCUAUUUAUAUGUUCUUUCCACGAUGGUAUACAUGUCCUUCUAUAAAAACAUCUAACGUACGAGUUGUAUUUGAUGUGAACAUUAAAGUUUUCCUGGAGGGUCGUCAGGUAGUUAGUAAAGUUAUUCCGAUACAUUUGUAUCGUGCCUGCAAUUAA